AAUCCGUUCCGUGUUGCGCGCUCGAGUCCGCCUCUCCGCGCCCCUGCUUCCCAUUGACGCACUUUUUAAGCGUCUUCCCCUUCUCCACCUUAAGGCGAGCAGCAGCUGCAGCGACCAAUCACCAUGCCAUUACAGCCUUCAGAGGAAGCUGUUUAUGAGGCUGCAGCGCUAAUUAGGCUCAUGAACUAACAAAUCUGCCUGCACGAACCCGGCGAGGAAAACGAUCACAUCCAUGGAUUAGUCUGGGAGUAGCCGAGCACUUUUUAUUCUGGCUUUCUCGACGCUCGCCGCCUUUUCCCCAACUUAUUUACUGCGCAGAAACUUUGCCCCUUUCUUGGGUGUGGAGUAUUUUUUAAGCAAGAGCGCCGACGACAACUUUAACUUAAACUGGGGAAUCUGGACUAUCAGACCAUGUUUCAACCUACACCCAAGAGGUGUUUUACUAUAGAGUCUUUAGUGGCGAAGGAUAAUCCUGUACCGGCGUCCCGCUCUGAGGAGCCCAUCAGGCCAGCGGCUCUCAGCUAUGCAAACUCCGGCCAGAUGAACCCAUUUCUGAACGGCUUUCACUCCGGCGGCAGGGGCGUCUACUCUAACCCGGACUUGGUGUUUGCCGAGGCGGUCUCUCAUCAGCCAAACUCCGCCGUCCCGGUGCAUUCGGUGCCCCCGCCGCACGCUCUGGCCGCUCAUCCGCUUUCAUCCUCACACAGUCCGCACCCGCUUUUCGCCAGCCAGCAAAGGGACCCCUCAACUUUCUACCCCUGGUUAUUACACAGAUAUAGGUACUUGGGUCACAGAUUUCAAGGUAAUGAAACGAGUCCAGAGAGCUUUCUUUUGCACAACGCGCUGGCGAGAAAGCCCAAAAGAAUCCGGACAGCUUUUUCGCCUUCGCAACUCCUGCGGCUCGAACACGCGUUUGAGAAAAACCAUUACGUAGUGGGAGCAGAAAGAAAGCAGCUCGCCCACAGCCUUAGCCUCACAGAAACUCAGGUAAAAGUGUGGUUUCAGAACCGAAGGACGAAGUUCAAGCGACAGAAGUUGGAGGAGGAGGGCUCGGAGUCGCAGCAGAAGAAGAAAGGGUCGCAUCACAUAAACCGGUGGAGACUGGCGACUAAACAGUCGAGCCCGGAGGAAAUUGAUGUCACUUCGGACGAUUAAAAAAAAAAAAAAAGAGGAAAAAAAAGUAAUAAGAAGAAAAAAGACAAUAUGAGCGUCUGAAUGAAGGAGGACAUGGAUAAAGGAUGCCGCGUAGAGACAGUGAGAGGGUACAAAGCCAAUGUCACAUUUCAGAUCUCUGGAUGAUCGGCAGCUGAGGGUGAGACAAGCCCCGACUGGCGCUGCUGUCACCGUGUGUCAAUCCAAAUGACCCAGGAAAAUGUGACUGACAGUGUCUCAGUCCUCCUACCUGAACCCUUCCACCAACACCAACACCACCACCACCACCACCACCACCACUACAACCCCCCCAUCCACCGCCACCUAAUUAUAUUUUUCUCCAAUUCAUAUUGGACGUUUGCACUUCAGAAGUAUUUUUUAUUUUUAUUUUUUAUUUUUAAAAAAGACGUUUUCACUCAAGAUACCAAAACACCAAAACUGCUUUUGUAAAACUUGAAUUUGCAUGGUCUAGUUUUCUUUUCUCCCUCCUCCCCCCCUCCUCCUCCUCCUUGGUAGCUGUUUUAAUUUGACAAAUUUUCUCAAAACCAAGAAAAAAAAAACAAAGAAAAAGAAAAAGAAUCGAUUCUGUUUUUAACUCUAUUUUCAAACAGAGAUGUCGUGCUUCUUCCUUUUUACAAAGUGUGCCGUCUUUAAUUAAUGAUUCUCGUGUAAAAGUGAUUGUGAAAACAUAUGAAGUAGCGGUGCUGCGUUAUAGUGUUUUUUUUUUUUUUGUUAAAGAAAAGAGAACAAAAAUUGAAUUUCGAUGAUCAAAAAAUAAUAACAGUAAUUAUCUUUCUAAAAAGUGAACCACGCCACAGAUGAAGGUAUCAGGACAUUCCUUUAACCUAAAGCUUUACCAAUGUGUCGCUGUGGCCCCACGCAGCCUUCUGUCAGGACUUGACCCUCCAGAGAAAGUUGCUACGAAGGACUAAAACGCAAGAAUUGACAGAAAGGAAAAAAAAUAAAAUAAAUAAAUAAAUACUCCAAGCACUGAGCGUAUUCCAUGUACAGAAAUGCUAAAAAGUUAAUGUUUCUGUUAAACCCUCUUUUACAGAAUGUAAAUAAUUUUUGUGUUUGUGUUAAGUUUGCUACAAUUUUAACACAAAGUAUACUUCCAAGAAGUAUGUAAUUGUCAAUAUUUUGUCAAUAAAGUUUUAUCAAUAUGUUGCGCGCAGUAAAAGCAUAGACUUUUGAUUACAUAGAGCAGCGGAACGGAGGCCUCUGACCAAAACGAAGCUUUAAAAAAAAGACGAGGUGACAUUUUUUUUUUUGCGCCAUGGAAGUGGCUGAAUAAUUUGGAGAGGGCAUCGCCAGAGUUUGGACUAAUUUAAAAAACGCAGAGAGAGACGGAGGGAGCGAGAGAGAGAGAGAGAAAUGCUGCAGCGUGUAAUUUGUUGUCCUCAGCUCUGCAUUUGUUUCUGACAUAGGCUGCACUGGCUUUAUUUUUUCUUUUUUUUUUCUGGGGCUGCAGCGUCUGCUCCGCUCCAGCUACAAAGAGUCCCCACAAGCUUUUGUGAAAGUGCAAAUCAGUUUGGGCAAUUAUCAUGCGAGUAAUAUGAGGGGGGAAAGGGGAUGCAUUGCCCAGUGGUCCACUUUAAUCUCUUAAUCCACGGAUCCAAGGGGGCUUGGUUGGACAUAAUUUAGUACAAUCUGACUACCCCUCACGACGCGAUAAGGGAAGGUUGCAAUGUGCCGCAAAAUGGGAUCUUUGUUUAAAAUCUUGUCUUGUGGGCUCCAUCCACGCUGCAAGCUGCUGCUGCUGCUGCUGCUGCUUUGGACUGAACGUUCAGCAUCACAGGACUUCUGCAGGAACUAAAAAAAGAUGUUAUAUACGACGGGAAACUACUUCCUUAUUUACCCACGAACAAAUAAACAGCUAAACAAUGAGCACAGUAGCUCAGUUUUUUUAGGGGGAAAAAAUCUGAAAAAUUAAAACUGGAUUAUUUCUUUUUUUUCAACAAAUCCAACUUAACCUUUUUUUGGUGCGAGAUUUGUUUAAUUGUUUCCUAUAGAAAAAAAAGAAGCUGUUUUGUGGUUUGGGUAGGAGGGCAUGCCAUAUAGGGAAUUCCUAAUCGGCCCAUAGAUUAUAACAGCAAUAAAAAUCUACAGAGAAUACCAUUAGCUUUGAAAAAAAAAACUAAAAGCUUUAUUACAAACCCAGCUUUGAAAUAGGGGGGAUUAGAGGACUGAAAGGGUCCCACAAUAGUUAGAAGAAAAGGUUUCAUGCUAAUGAGGUUAAUGCCCUUUGUAUCUCCGGACUCCACAACUUCAUUACUCCUAUCUCGGGCAACACCGAGCGGCUCAGAGCUUCACAAUCCACUCGAGCUUUUCCCUACCCUGCCUAUAAAGAAGGAUUUGAUAGCAGUCCUGUUCAAACUAGAUAAUUAUAUCUUUUCAAGUUGGAAUUAAGAUAAAGAAAGUGCAGUGGAGGCGGUGAGCCUUGAUCCGCCGCAAACAAAUUUGGCGCACCCCCCUCCCUGUGUGCGCCUGCAUGGACACACAGGAGACAGGACAGGCUUCUCAUUAGAGCCUGGCACCGUUUGAUUAAUUUAAACACAUUUGGUUUUAACCAAAGAAUUAUCCUUCUCUCUGGACAUUUUUUUUAUUUUAUUUUAUUUUUUAUUUUUGUAUUUAGAAAUUCUUCUUUGGAAAUAAUUUAAAUGUGUAUAUUUUUUAAAAAAAAUGCGGAAAUUAAAAUUUUGUUGUAAGACGCCAAAAUAAUUAAAAGCCAAAUUUACCAAAUUAAAAUUCCCACCUCUCUUCCGACUGUCUUUAUAAUUUAAAUACAAAAAAACGCAAAUUGCUGUUUAUUCUGGUGGCACCUAUUCAAAUUUUACAUUUAGGAUUAAUUCUAAAUGUAUUACAAAAAGCCACACGCUCCGUGAAGCAGAUUCUCCGUAAUCCCAAUUUUGCGUAACUAUAUAUUUUCCAAAUGACGCAGCUUGGGCUAAUAUUUACAUUAUUAUUUUUUUUAUCCAUCUUAAAAAUACGACGCAUUCUUCCUUUCAGAUCCUGGUCCUCUUCAGAGGGACGGUCUUGCGCGAUUUGAGACUAAGGUCACAUGAAUAUAAUAAUUGGUUUGGACACCAUUCAGCCAGCGUGUGUGCGUUAUGAUGUGAAGUGGGCCCUCGCAUAUCAGAUCCUCCUUCCAGACAGUCGUGCUGUGCGUUAAGGGCCAGCUGUGGGGACCUCUGGUGACCCGCUUAUCUAAACUUAAGCGGCUGCGCUCGAUCCAGGGGCCAAACUCCGCAGUAAAACAUCACCGCACCCCGAACAAUUCGAUUAUUCUUUAAAUAUUCACGACCGAGCCGGUUUGGACAUUUUGGAACAUUAAGCCCCGCUGCAUUAAACAUUUAGUCAGCAAUGUGAAAUGAUUAUCCGUCAUUGAAAAGAGUAGUCGGCUCCUAUCAUGUGACCCCACUGACCCAAAACCUCUAAUCUGCAAUUAGUAGGUAUAAUUACGUCCGCUGACACCACUAAUGUGGAUGGUGGCAGAGGCAGGGGAUGGUCGGAGGACGGUGCUCCGUCGUAUUAGUGCGCAAAGUCAAUAAUUGAUCGAGUAGAAAUCUCUUAAGUUGGGUAGAAGUGGCUUUUGAAAGGGGUGGAUUUGGGUAGUUUGUCAACAUGUCCGUGCAAGAGGGCGUUCGUGCUUUUACUCCAAAGCACACCUCGUCAGGGUGAAAUACAUGUCUGGCGAGGUGGCACCUGUAGGCCGACCUUG